AUGGUUGGACGAAUUUCCCACCUCAUUCAGCAACGAGCUCGGGUCAAUUUCCUGCAGCAAAUCAAGCGGUCACUCAACACAAAGGCGGAAACGAAGGCUGGCAGAGAUGGACCGACUGCUGUCGUGUUUAUGAACAUGGGUGGCCCUGGAAACCAAGGAGAGGUUCGAGAUUUUCUGCAUAGACUCUUUUCAGAUGGAGACAUCAUUCCCUUCGGAAGAUUCCAAAAGAUAUUUGCAAACAUAAUCACUAGAUUGCGGACGUCCAAGAUCCAGAAACAGUAUGCAGCGAUUGGCGGUGGUUCUCCGAUCCGCAAAUGGUCUGACUUGCAAGCAAAAGAGACUUGCCGGAUCUUGGACAAGACUUCACCUUCGUCAGCACCGCAUUUGCCAUAUGUUGCGUUUCGAUAUGCUCAUCCUUUGACCGAGGACGUAUACUCCAAACUCCUCGCGGAUGGAUUUGGCAAACGAGGCAGAGCAGUUGCUUUUUCCCAGUAUCCUCAAUACUCUUGUGGAACGACUGGCAGUUCGAUCAACGAACUUUUCAGAUGUAGAGAGAAGUUGGAGAGUGCUGAUUCUCGUAUCAAUUGGAGCAUCAUUGAUCGUUGGCCGGCACACCACAAGUUUGUGGAAGCGGUUGCACACAACAUCAAAGCCACUCUUGCAACAUACCCAAGCGAAAGAAGGAAGGAUGUCACAAUCAUCUUCUCGGCACAUAGCCAGCCUAUGAGCGCGGUAAAUCAAGGUGAUGCAUAUUCUUCAGAGGUGUCUGCCACAGUAUAUGCAGUGAUGCAGCAUCUCGGAUUUCCUAAUCCAUAUCGUCUUUGCUGGCAGUCGAAAGUCGGACCUCAGCCAUGGUUAGGCCCACAAACCAGUGAAGUGGUGGAGAAAUUCAUCCAAAAAGGAGAUCAACACCUGCUGUUGGUGCCAAUUGCUUUUACAUCUGACCAUAUCGAGACGCUGUACGAGCUUGAUGAGGAACUGAUUGGUGAGUCAGGACACGCGGAUACUAUCAAGCGAGCCGAGAGCUUGAAUGAUAGUCCCUUGUUCAUCGAAGCACUUGCAGACAUGGUCAAGGAGCAUAUAGACAGUGGAGACAAGUCUUCGCGUCAGUUCGGUAACAGGUGUGUCGACUGUCAGAAGAAUGUAUGUAGAGAUGCGCGUGGGAUGUUUGCAGGCGAUACCAUAUGA